AUGUCGGCUCCAAUCAUCCAGAACCUAUCCGCCUUGACCUCCUCCGCCAGACAGCAACUUGGUACUCUUCGAAACAGACUCUUCCAGAAAGAGAGAACGAAGACAACAGCAGGUCUUGCGCAGACCUCCUUUGCACUGCACAGGCCGGUCUGGGUAGCAGGCGGGGGUGCCAUGUACACAACCAUGGGCGCCGUCUACCUCACACUUCGUUACAUGAGCCGACUUAGAUGA